CCACACGGGAGGGAAUUGGUUGGGAGCAGCCGCCGACCUCACUCCCAGGGUCGACGUUCCGUGCGGGUUCCGAUCUGACCUUCUUCCCGGGAGGCAGCGCGGCCGCCCCGGUGUUUGGAACGCGGCGAGUUACAGGUCGCGCGCGGUUGACAGGUCCCCUUCGGCGGCGCUGCGGCACCGCCUCGGGACUGAGCUCCUCCGGUGUGUCGGCGCAUCAGGAUGUCCGGAAAUGAAGAGCGGCGCUGUGCUUCCCGCGGCGCGCCGGUUUGCUUCGGGCAGCAUCAGUACACUGCAGAAGAGUAUCAGGCAAUCCAGAACGCAUUGCGUCAACGCCUCGGACCAGAAUACAUCAGUCAGCGACCAGCAGGUGGAGGGCAAAAGGUCUGUUAUAUUGAGGGUCACAAAGUGGUUACUCUUGCUAAUGAACUCUUUGGAUAUAAUGGAUGGUCCCACUCGAUUACACAGCAAAAUGUUGAUUUUGUGGAUCUCAUUAAUGGAAAAUUCUAUGUGGGCGUCAGUGCAUUUGUUAAAGUACAGCUCAAGGAUGGGUCGUACCAUGAAGAUGUUGGUUAUGGAGUGAGUGAAGGACUAAAAUCUAAAGCCCUGUCCUUGGAGAAAGCCAGGAAGGAAGCUGUCACCGACGGACUGAAAAGAUCUCUGAAGUCCUUUGGAAACGUCUUGGGUAACUGUAUUCUGGACAAGGAAUAUCUGCGGUUGGUUAAUAAACUCCCCCGACAGCCUGUGUCAGAGAUACACACAGUUAAUUCUAAAAGAACAGACCACGAGCCCUUGGUGGAGAAAGCCAGGUACAACAGCUUAUUACAGGCGCAGUCACGACCUCCAUCUGCCCCUUCACCUUGUCCACCAACCGAAGGUAUUAAAGAAGAACAUACAGGAAGCAAGGAAGAUGCAGGAGAAAAAUCAUGUAGCCUUUCAUGCAGUACGGUUGACACCACUGAUCUGGCCACCUUGCCCCAAAAACUGGAUCCCACUCACCAACGCAAACUUCGACAGAAACAGUUACAGAAACAAUUCAGAGAAAAGAUGGAAAAGAAACGUUACCAGCAGCAAACGGAAACUGGCUCCUGCAAUAUGCCACAAACAGAUGUCCACAAAGCUGGAACAUCUUCAUCUGAAUGGUCAGCGCAUCACAGCACGCCAGUCAACUCCUGUGGUGUGAAUUUCAGAGAAGCUGAAUUUCUGCCUGAUGAUCCUGAGUUGUGGAAUAUCCCUCCGAAUGGUGAGGGUUUUGAGAAGGAGCCAAAUGAUCCUGGCCACAAACAAACCCCUUCUACUCCCACUGGACAAUACCAUAUGAUAAGAAACAGGACACCACAAAAGAUAAAUGCCCAAAAGCUGCCAUCUGUGCAAGAGCCAAACAAUCUCGGGCCACGCAGAGCAAGAUCAAGUCCUUGUCAUCCAGGAUUGUGUAUGAAGAAACGUAAACUGGAACCUGCCAUGACAUGAAGAAACAUUUCAAAGCAGUUUUGAUUUACUUUUAUAUCUAUAAAUUGCAACUUUGAACCCCAGCUUUUUUAAUUUGCUUUUAUAUCUGCCACCUAUUCUUUCAAUAAAAUUUUUGAAUAUUU